GUCGUGUAAAAUGUCAUCCACAUGGAGAUAAUACAAUCUCAUAGUGAUGGCUGGUAGUGAUCUCAAAAACUCCAUAAUUAAACCCUAAAUUUUACCAAUACAUUAUGUCCUACAGUCUCAAAAAAAACCCUGAAAUAACAUUUAUCCACAAAUAAAACUGCAUCAGCACCAAAGAUUAAACCUUACUUUUUCCAGAUUAGACAAAGACAAUCUUAAAUAAAAGUGGAUGAUAAAGGAAUAAUACACAGCUCUGUCCAAAUCCUGCACACAUUUUCUUUACCACUGGAAGAAAACUGUUUUUAUUUCUCCAACUCGGACUUCCAGAGGAGGGAAGUGAAGCUGUAAGCGAACUCACUGUUUUACGGGGCUCAGGAUAAUGACCUCUAAUCACCUCUUUCAUGUGUCAUGUUUCAGGAGCUCUUGGGAAUGAAUGGAGUGUAAAAUACAGCCAAGAAAAUCUCUGUGCUUUAAAAGAUCCUCCAAAGAACGUCUCCGUGUCCAUCAGACCCUCUGGUGAGAUAGUGGAGGGAAGUUCAGUGACUCUGACCUGCAGCAGUGAUGCGAACCCUCCUGUGGAGAACUACACCUGGUUUAAGGGGACGACAUCAGUAGGAAAAGGAAAGACCUACACCAUCUCCACUAUCAGCUCUGAGGACAGUGGAGAGUACAAGUGCAAGUGCAAGAAUGAACUCAAACAUCGGUAUUCCAUCGGUGUAACUCUGAAUGUUCUGUAUCCUCCAAAGAACGUCUCAGUGUCCAUCAGACCCUCUGGUGAGAUAGUGGAGGGAAGUUCAGUGACUCUGACCUGCAGCAGUGAUGCGAACCCACCUGUGGAGAACUACACCUGGUUUAAGGAGAACGAAUCCUCACCUGUAGGAUCUGGACAGAGUUACAGAGCUCUACAGAGUGGACAGUACUCCUGUGAGGCUCAGAAUAAACACGGCUCUGAGAGAUCGGCUGCAGUGUCUGUCACUUUAAAAGGGUUUCAGAACGUAGGUGUGUAUGCAGGAGUUGGGGUUGUUGUGUUUGUUUGUCUCGUCGUCUUCUUGUUUCUAAGGAAAAAGAAGAGAAUUGGUUCAACGGCAGACCAAAGUUUAAAACAGGAUGAUAUUUCUUCCAAUGUCACAGUGAUACAGCCAAUCAACACUGUAUCUGAUUCAGCUUCAGCCAAUCAGGACGAAGUUCUGUACGCCAGCAUUAUACACUGGAGUGCCGCUGACCUCAGGAACGCUGAGAGUUCUGCUGUAAAAGCUUCUGUCUCUGAGGAAGAAGAGGUUCAGUACGCUAGUGUUCGAUUUCCUCGCACCGGUGCUGAUGACAGGCCUUCCAAUGCUGAGGAUCCCACUGUGAUCUACAGCAGUGUGAAAUAAACACCAUUCAGCCAUUUAUUCAACCUCACCACAACUUCCACCUGCUCAGUGGAAAGCUUCAGGAAAGUUGGAUGGCUAAUUUGUAAAUGAAGCUGGUUUUACACUGUGUGAUUUCAGCAGUGCUUUAAGAGAGCUCUUUUUAUUUCUCUGUCAACAAAAUCAGGCUGAAAUUCAUACAGUGUAAAGCCAUUUUCAGACCUUCUGGAUAUUUGCUGGAGAAUAUUGGAUCAGUGUUAAUAUUUAUCAGGAUUAAAUCAUUGGCUGCGAUUCACACUUUGGAUAUAUAAAGAUGACUCGUUAUAAACUCUGCAUCCGAGUUCAAAAUUCAGCUUAAAGACCAAUAAAAUUCAAAAGAUGGUCUUUAAUUCAAAUAACUGUCUUCUAAAGCAUGUUAUUCAAUUACAAUUCAUAACGAUCCAGUGUCAUAAAAUUUCCUCCUUACGAAGUUCUGGAAAAGCAACGAACAUGACGAAAUCGCAACAAUAAUUACCUCCAA